UGUCUGUCAACUCCGACGAACACAACGAUAUAAGCUGCAGCUCAGCAGAAUUUACCUUCGUUCCCCCCUCUCUUACGGGAGCAGGCUUAUUUCAGUUGCUAGCAGUAGCAGGCAAGGAAUCAUUUAAAUUGCGCAGCUCCGCUACAAUCCAUACCCCAAAUUCAAGAGGCGAAAAGGCGGCAACUGAAAUUCACGAUGGCGGCACUUCCGUUGUCUUCCAGGGCAUAUUUCGAUGGGAUAUAUAUCCCCGCCGGUCUGCUGGUGUUUGGAACAUUUAUUGUUAAGAAGGAAUGGACGCCUGCUGCAGCUCUCGUUGCAAUUGUUCUAGGGUUAAUCAAGUACUACCGCUCGUUGCCCAAGGUGGUCUUGAAGCCAGAUGUUUUCCAAGAAUUCGAAUUAAAGGAGAAAACAAUCAUCUCCCACAAUGUCGCCAUCUACCGGUUCUCUUUGCCCGCUCCGACGUCCAUCCUCGGUCUCCCAAUCGGCCAACACAUCUCAAUUGGCGCCGUUCUCCCGCAACCCGAUGGCACUACCAAGGAGAUCGUGCGAUCGUACACUCCCAUCUCUGGUGACCACCAACCUGGCUACUUCGACCUCCUUAUCAAGUCGUACCCGACCGGUAAUAUUUCGAGGCACAUGGCAUCGCUUGCGGUUGGCCAGACGAUUCGUGUAAGGGGACCCAAGGGUGCUUUCGUCUAUACUCCCAACAUGGUCCGUCACUUCGGAAUGGUUGCUGGUGGUACUGGUAUCACUCCUAUGCUCCAGGUUGUCAGGGCCAUUAUCCGAGGACGACCCACAGGCGACCGAACCCAGGUGGACUUGAUCUUCGCCAAUGUCACCGAGCAAGACAUCCUACUAAAAGAAGACCUCGAUGCUCUAGCGAAGGAGGAUUCCGGUUUCAGGGUCCACUACGUCCUCGACAAGCCUCCUGAGGGAUGGACCGGCGGUGUUGGAUUCGUCACUGCCGACAUGGUUGCUAAAUGGCUACCGAAAGCUGCUCCGGACGUCAAGAUACUGCUCUGCGGUCCACCGCCCAUGAUCGGCGGCCUGAAGAAGGCAACGGAGAGCCUCGGUUUCCAGAAGGCUCGUCCCGUUAGCAAGCUAGAAGACCAGGUAUUUGCCUUCUAGAGUACUUGACAUAGCCUUUAUCCUCCACUACCGAUAUAUCAUUUGAUGAUCGGUGUGGCUGAUCUAGCUUCCAACUAUGCAAGAAGCUCUUGCGCUAUAAAGAGGGAAUGGGCGCCUUCGUGUUGAUUAGUUCAUGAUGCUUAUUUAGAUAAGUAAACUCACGACGAAUAAUCAACUUACAAAGUAAUGAGAUCCUAUAGUAUAGGUAGCUCCUCCUAUUCAGGUUGCAAGAUGUCGCUCUGGCAUUCAUUAUAUCAUUUACUGCCCUGGAUUAUUACCAUAGGUUACUUUGCAAAUAUAUUUAUUGUUACCUAAGCUUAAAUAAUUUUCAUGGAUACUACGGCCAUUCGAAUUGAUUAUCCUAUUAGUGAUUCUGCUGGACCGGGUAUGGUAUGGUUUUUACUAUGAGGUGUUCAGAUUAACUUACCCACGAUUAUAUAGUCUGAGAGUUUCCUGAAAGAUAAUGUGUGUUUUAUAGGAGUAUUAGGAAUUUAUAUAAAAGGUGUAGUUAAGCAAUGGAUUCAAUCUAGGCAAUUAUUUUAGGCAAUUAUUACUCUCGUCGAUCGUAACGCUUUCCUUUCUUGAUGACAAUUGAUUUAUGGGGGUUGGAAAGUUUGUACCAUGUUGUCACGGUUAUGGCUACUAGAUCCGUUUAUGAUAUGGAAUUGGGCCAAUACUUAUUCGC